CACACCUUCUCUAGCACAGAUUACACAAAUUACCUAACGCAUUGUCAAGUUGUACAUUGAUUUGCAAGAAGCACCAUCACACGGCAGAAAACAGGUCACCAGUUGCUAGAAAUACCGAACGAUAAAUGACAAUCUAGCCUUUUCCCCGGCCUCGUCGUACUUCGCUCAAAGACUACACCGUGAUUUCAUGAUAUGGUAGUCCGUAGAGCUCAUCACAAGGUCAAAACUGGCUGUGAUGCAUGCAAGAAAAGACGCAUAAAAUGCGACGAAGGCCGACCGACCUGUCUGCAUUGCACGAAACGAAAUCUCGUCUGUAACUACAGACCCUCGGAUACACUCAGGCGGCCAACAGCACUCAUUGAUGUACAAGUGUUUCGCCAAAGAUCUUCAUCUCCGUCCGCCGAAUCAUCGGAUACCCUGGAUGUGAAUGAGCCAAUUCUGAAAACCCUGAACCCACCUCAUUCACCAAAACUCCUGCAAGCGCUUGUCUCUACUGGAGCACUUGAGGAAUUCCCUCCUGAUCAAAAAGCACACAUUCAAAGCAUAGUUGAUCAUUUUGAAGGUGUAGUGGCUGCAACUGUAGCCGUAACUCGAGAUGGGCAGAUAGCCUGGCUCAAUGCUAUACCAGUGCUGUGUACACAACAUCGAUUCGUCCUCUAUGGCAUGCUGGCAUUAUCUUCAUUGCACCUAUCUCAUAUUUCGGAAGCGGGAAGCACAGAAAAAGAUGCUUACCAUGUCACAGCCGUCGAACAAAUGAGUAGAGGGAUCUCGAAGUUUCAGUUGGCCCUCAAAAGCGUGAAUGAAGAGAAUGCUGAUGCCUUGUUUGCAUUUUCUGCAACCUUGGCUGCGUACACGAUCGCAACUACUGGAGAAGCAUACGAUGAGCUCAAAGACACUCUCGCGGCAGCUACGUUACAGCAGAGUGCAAAGUCCCUCGAUUGUCUGACCAUGCCAAUGGUACGGAUGCUCCGUGCUCUAAGAGGCCAAUUAGUCAUAUUGGUACCUUGUUGGUAUCAUCUACAACAAGGUAUACUUUCCCCUUUGGCCAAUCGAGAUUGGUGGCCACCCGCAGUACCUGCAGAUCCGAUAUCAGCAGAAGAGGACCGCAGGAUCCAAAGUCUAGAUAAAAUGUGGAUGCGGCCUGGUAGAGCUUAUGAGUACUACUUUGACACCCUAAGAGCAUCUUUGGGACACCUGCGAGAAUGCUUCGCUUUGGUUUCUCAAUUAACGCAUGGGGAAAUUGGCCGACAUAAAUCAAUUAUCGGAGACGCUGUCUUGUCUGACUACGGACGCUUCGACUACGGUGCCGUACUGAUGUGGUCACACCACAUUUCUCAUGAAUUCAGUACCCUAUUAGAGCAACAGAUUCCAGAAGCGUGGGUUAUAGCCGCACACUGGGGUCUCUUGGCAUAUCGCGCGAGGUCAGCAUGGUUGUCAAACACUUGGCCAUCGGCUCUCAUCACUGUUGCGGUGAUUGUAGCAGGCAAGGAGUAUCACGACUUUCUCGAAUGGCCGGCUCGAGAAGUUGACAUCGACUUGGCUAACAUGCGUUGACCUCAAGUGUGUGGAAUCGUAGGUAGACCAGGCUACUUCAACUACACCCUAAAUAUCUUUGAGGAAUACGUUCCUGGUUUCACUUUCCGAUCACGACCCUGGCAGAAUGCAUCCCUUUUACAGCUAUGUUUCAAGCUGCGAUAUUAUGGUAUUCAUUAUAUGCAGAGUUAUCUAUUCCAACCAAGUAAAGAUGGCCUUUCCAUGACCAGUUGUAUCCACGAAACGCCAAUAACCCUUAACAUGUCCAACCAGACCGCACUUCCAGUGUAUCUUGCUCCUCGAAAACAGCAAAUUCUCCUUGGGAUUGCUUAAUAUGUACCAGUAGAAUACGGCG